CAGUGGACGGAAUGACUUGUGAAAUGGGUUUUGCUUGUUAAUGUCCAUUUCCGUUGAAGGUUCUUUGGCGCCGUUCGGCGAUUAAAAAUGGAUGGCUUCUUCUUCUUCUUCCCUCUUUCUCUUCUUCCACUCUGAUUGCAAAAGUAAUAGACAUUGAAAAUUCACCAAACCAGGUUCGGCGGAAGAGAAGGGUCUGCGGGUUCUGGUGGACCGACCGGCCGCCGAUCAGGAGCUGACAAUGGCACCGCCGGCCGCCACCAAAUCGAAGCGGCCGGUGAAGAAUCGAGGCACUGGUGGCAACAGCAGGGUGUGGAUUUACUCGCUUCUGCUCACUCUCCAGUACGGCGCGCAGCCCCUCGUCUCCAAGCGAUGCGUCAGGCGAGAAGUGAUUGUAACGACAUUGGUCUUGGCUUGUGAAUUAGCAAAGGUUGUUUUUGCUCUAUUUUUCAUGGCGAAAGAAGGUAGUCUGCAGAAACUGCUUCAAGAGUGGACCUUGGUCGGUUCACUGGUUGCAUCGGGGCUUCCUGCUGCUAUAUAUGCUCUUCAGAAUAGCUUGCUGCAGAUUUCCUACAAGAAUCUCGAUUCUCUCACGUUCUCUUUGUUGAACCAGACAAAGAUUAUUUUCACUGCUUUGUUCACUUAUAUCAUCUUGAGGCAGAAGCAAUCAAUUCAGCAAAUAGGAGCCCUCUUUUUGUUGAUUGUUGCAGCAGUUCUUCUGAGCAUUGGCGAAGGCUCUGGCAAAGGUUCUGCCAGCAGUGACCCUGAACAAAUUUUGUUCUAUGGAAUCAUUCCUGUUCUGGUGGCUUCUGUACUCUCGGGUCUUGCUUCCUCUCUAUGUCAGUGGGCUGCUCAGGUUAAGAAACACUCCUCAUACUUGAUGACUGUGGAGAUGUCUCUUGUCGGGAGCCUGUGUAUGUUGGCAAGUACCUUUAAGUCUCCUGAUGGAGAAACAAUUAGAAAGUACGGAUUUUUCUAUGGUUGGACUCCUUUGACUUUGAUACCCGUUAUAUCCAAUGCACUUGGGGGUAUUCUUGUUGGCCUUGUUACAAGUUAUGCUGGCGGAGUUCGCAAGGGUUUCGUUAUUGUUUCGUCACUGAUUGUCACUGCUCUGCUGCAAUUCAUUUUCGAAGGGAAGCCGCCCUCGCUGUACUGUGUUGUGGCACUUCCUCUUGUCAUCAGCAGCAUCUCAAUGUACCAAAAGUAUCCUUACCGAUUCAAAGAGAGGGAAGCUUAAGCUGCAAAAGACCUCGCCUUGAAGGGAUUCAUCCGGUUUUUCUAUUGAUUAUAUUGAUCCUUCUCUUGUUCAGUCAAUUAGACAUCCCAGUCUCCUAGAUCAUCCAACGGCAGACGGGGAUAGAUUCUUUUCAGAGCUGUAAUCUUCCACUACACCUAGAAGUAGGAAGGAAUAGAAGGAAUUCCCAAGUUCCAAUAGGAUAUUAUUGCUGAAAUACAGUUGAAUUGACAGUGCAUGCGAUUUCCCAGUUCUUUGCAGAAAUAUCAUGGUAACUCCGAUUUGCCUCCUGAGGCUCAGUCUUUGUGAA